AUGCGUGGAUCUAUACCGGAUCGAUGGCUUGCUUACAGCUGCUAUGGCAGGACCCUGAUAGAUAAAUUCGUUGCCCUAAAGGUGCCACUGUCGAGCCGACGUACUGCUGUUCCGCCAGGCAAGAAAUUUACACCCGAAGACGCAAUAAAACAGUUACCGUUGGGACUGAUUAUUGACCUUACCAACACAAAACGGUACUACGAUCCGUGUGAUUUCACCACGCGGGGUGUCGAUCACGUAAAAGUAGCCGUGCCUGGACAGCUGACACCUAAUCAACGCAUAGUCCAACGGUUCAAUGAUAUAGUGAAUGGCUUUUUCAACGAUCCCAGCAGCAAUGGGAAGCUGAUAGGUGUGCACUGUACCCACGGCCUUAAUCGUACCGGCUAUUUAAUUUGUGCUUAUAUGAUCUUGGAACUGGGCUACAAUCCGAUUGAAGCGAUAAACUUGUUCAACGCAUAUCGUGGCCACAAAAUGGAACGGGAGAACUAUCUGCGAAGUUUGCGCAGUAUGGCACCGAGACAGAACGCUAGUGAGCCGAGUGGACACGACGUGGCACCGCGGGAACAUAUUCAAUCAUGGCGACAAAAAAGAAGAUCACCUAACAUCGAGAUGCUGGACAGAGCGUGUGCCGGUGCAUUACCGGGUGAUCGGGAAAGAUAUGAUCCUACGAUCAGACGCAUUGUACGUUCCCGGGAACAUAACUUCCGAACUCCAGUACAUCGGCAGGCGGCAGCACACGAAAAAGCAAAACACACAAGGUUUGAAUAA